AUGGUUGAAUUCGGGCAUGAGUUCAGGAGAAAACAUUUCCCAUUGAUUGAAAAGGAUGUUGUUCCAAUAAACCAUGGAUCGUUUGGUGUCACUCCCUCUUCUGUUAUAGAGUAUCAAAAACAGCGUAUGGAGGAGGAAGAGAAGUAUACGGAUGCAUUCUUUUCCCUCAAUUCCACUGAGAAGUAUGUAGAGCAACUCAAACAACUUGGUUCCUACAUGGGAGUGGACUAUCGAAACUUUGCACUUGUCACCAAUGCUACAACAGCGGUAAACGCCGUUCUCAGAUCCUUACCCUGGGAUUUUUCCAAAGAUAAGAUUUUAUUUCAUUCUACUACGUAUCAAGCUUGCGCAAAUACAGUUAGAUUUCUUAAGGACUAUUUCAAACUUCAAUACGACGUCGUGGAGCUUCAAUAUCCUCUGGAGGAUGAUGAAGUGCUUGAGCUUUUCGAAAAGAAACUCUCCACAGGUGAAUACAAGAUGUGUCUCUUUGACAUGAUUACAUCCAUGCCGGGUGUAAAAUUGCCUUAUCAGCAACUCAUUUCUUUGUGCCAGAAGUACAAUGUUUGGUCACUAAUCGAUGGUGCUCAUGCCGCGGGUCAAGUGGACCUUAGUUUUUUGGAUAGGUUAAAACCUGACUUCAUGACAACCAAUUUGCAUAAGUGGUUGUUUGUGCCAAAAACCUGUGCAAUGCUUUAUGUCAAUCCCAAGCACCACGAUUUAAUCCAGACUUUUCCUGUAUCAUGGUCUUAUGGAAUGAAACUUAUUGAAUCUCCCAGCACUUCACAGGAGGUUCAACAUAACGAAAAUCUACUAAUCAAUAAGUUUAUGUUUGUGGGCACGGCCACGUACGCCCAGGUGCUUUCCGUGUCAGAAGCACUAAAGUUUCGUUCUGAUGUUUGUGGAGGUGAAGACAACAUUAGAAAAUAUCAAUAUGAUUUACAAAAAAGAGCCAUUGAACAGGUGAAGAAAGUUUUUGGUCCAGGUUCUGAGUCAUUGCAAAACUCUACCGGCUCAUUGAAUCCGCCAGGUCUCUUUAACGUUUCCCUGCCGUUUGCCGAAGAAUACAUGCCUGUCCUUCGUAAUCUCCAGGAUGACUUUGGAUAUUUUAGGGUUUUCAAAUACAAGUGUGAUAGGAAAAUGCUUGCUGAGAAUAAGGCAUAUGCUCCGUUUGUGAUACACAAUGGAAAAAUUUGGGUUAGGUUCAGUGUCAACUUGUACAAUGAACUUGAUGACUAUAGUGCUGGUGCUGCAAGCGUCAAAUCAGUGAUGGAACAAGUCCUUCAUACAGAGCUGGAAAAUCUAAAACUGAAGGCAUGA